AUGAAUGAGAAACGGAGUGGCCCCUCACAGCAGGAGAUUGUCUCUCGGAUCAUUAUCCACGGUGGAGCCGGCAAUCUCAGCAAACGUUCGCUACCACGGGAGAAGUACGAUGCGUAUCAAACCUCACUUCGGCGCAUCUUAGCCUCCUCAGUAGAGGUUCUCUCAAAGCCAGGAUCUACAGCUCUCGAUGUUGCUACAUUUGCUGUGUCAUCGUUAGAAGACGAUCCACUCUACAAUUCCGGCAGAGGUGCUGUUUUCUCACGGGAAGGGAAAAAUGAACUCGAAUGCAGCAUCAUGGUGUCGAACGGAUACCGGAAGAGAGGUGUAGGAUGCAUGAUGCUGCAGCAUGUCAAAAAUCCUAUCAAGCUUGCGCGAGAACUGCUGAUACGAGGGGAGAAAGAUGGAGGCGAUGGCUCGCAAGACCACUGCCAAUAUUCCGGUGCGUUCAUCGAAGGGCUGGCCGAGAAAUGGGGUUUAGACAUUGUUGAGCCAAGCUACUUCUUUACUCAGCAAAGAUGGGACGAGCACAAGAGAGGAUUGGAAGAGGAAGCAAAGAAGGAAGAAGCAGGCCUCUCGAUCAAUGAGAUGAGUGACUGGGAGAAAGCGAACUACAUUCCUCUUGGCACUUGCGGUGCUGUGGUGCUUGAUAAAUUCGGCACGAUUUGUGUCGCGACAUCCACGGGGGGUCUCACAAAUAAGGUAUCUGGACGUGUGGGCGAUACACCGACCAUUGGCGCUGGUUUCUGGGCCGAAGAAUGGUACGGGGAGGCUGUUGCACAAAAAUCACAGAUCCGAGGUCCUUCGACAUCUCUUGACAAGAUCUCUCGAGGCGACAUUGGCACCGUUCUCGCAGAUUGCCUUCCUGCGCUGUCUUUGCUGGUGUCUAGUCCAAGCGCCUCCAAAUCUCGUACCCCGCUAUUCGAUCAACCCUCACCUAUCCGUCAUGCGGUUGGCAUGUCUGGCACCGGGAACGGAGAUAGCUUUCUUCGCAUGGAUGCAUGCCGUACGACAGCUGCUAAGUCACGCUUCGCCAAGGUACCACUCCCCAAUGCCUUGAGUUGGAUGGCAGGACCAAGUGGUGAGCUGCAAAAAUCGGCAGGGGACCGGUGGCAGCGAACACAUGAAGGUACUGGUGGUAUCAUUGGCAUCGAGCUUGUGGGUAACAAAAGCACCGUAGUUUUUGAUUUCAACUGUGGUGGUAUGUUUAGAGCGUGGGUAGAUGAGGACGGUGAGCACAGAUGUCUUAUUUUUCGAGAAGGAUACCAUAGCGGUGCGGACACAUUCGCGGCUUAG